GUGUAGAGAUAGAGAAAGUGUUAGUGUUUUGCAGCGACGAUGUCAAAAAGAGGACCAGAGGAGGCGGAAUUAGAUGCGUUGGAUGAGCGGAUGAGGAAUCUGCGUAAAAAACUGAAAAAGUUGAGGAAAUCGGGAACAGAGAAAACGACGGAAGAGCAGACUGUCAUGGCCGCCUCGGGAUCGAAAUCAACGGUUGACGACAAGGAAAACGAUGCACCGACCGGAGACACGGAAACCCUGUCGGAGGAAAACUCGGAAGAAGAGGAUCGAGAUUCAGAUGCCUCCUCGACGAGCGGAGCCUCGAACUCGGACGAGGAAGACAGGAAGGAGGAGGAUACAAGGGCAGUAGAAGCGGCGGGCCUCAGCAACGAGAUGAGAGAGAGGCUUUGUCUGAGAGCAGAGCCAUCUACAUCAACUGACGUCACGCUACACCCAGUAUUAGUAGAAGAAUGGGGAAACUGGGUGCGUAGAGGUUUGUACGGGGGAGAAGAGGACGAUGAGAAGAAACGCGAAGAGGAGGAGAAUAAAGUGCGCGAACAAAUAAUGGGAAAAUUCCCUAGAAAGGGGGCGCUAUAGGUCGAAGCCCCAAAGCUCAAUCCAGAAAUUCUGGCGUACAUGUCGACAUCGGCAAAAUCUAGGGAUAAACACUUCGUUUCCUCCCAGAAUACACUAGGCUCAGCGAUGAUAGCGAUGGCUAAGGGUAUCUCCCUACUCC